GCACAGUCGGUUCCCAGCCAUGGGGCGCCGGGCGCUCCUUCUGCUCUUGCCGCGGGUGCUGGCAGCGCUGGGCGGCCUCGCGGGCUCCGGGACCGAUGAAGCAAGGUGUAACAUGACAAGGCAAGCUGCGUGUGGGGACAGGUGCAUUCCCGUGGCCUGGCUCUGCGAUGGACAGCAAGAGUGCCCUGAUGGGACCGACGAGCAGUGUGAGGAAGCGUGUCGCGGACAUCCACAGGCCUGGCAGUGUGACGACGGGAAGUGUAUUUCCAGUAGCCGGCUUUGUGACGGUACCGGGGACUGCCUGGACGGCUCCGAUGAGGUUAACUGUGAGACUUCUGUGGUGUGCCCUGGCCAGAAAAUCCAGUGUCCGGGACAGUCUCAGUGUCGCGAGCCUUGGGAACUCUGUGACGUCCCCCGGGACUGUGAAGAUGGGCUCGAUGAAGCACGCUGCUCCCCGAACCACUGCCUGGCGGGCCAGUGGCUGUGCAGGAACAAGCUGUGUGUCCCGGAGAGCUGGAGGUGCAAUGGGGUCAACGACUGCGGGGACUCCUCAGACGAGGCCGCCUGUGCCUCCUGUCCAGAAGGCACGGUGAAAUGUAAUGAAGGGAAAUGCAUCCUGGAAUCCCUGAUGUGUGACGGGGAACUUGACUGCGUCGAUGGUGCUGAUGAACCAGCUACGUGUGGGAGGAACUGCUCCGUGGCCAACGGGGGCUGUGAGGGACAGUGCAGUGACACCGCCUGGGGAGUCCAGUGUUCGUGUGGAGCUGGGUGGCAGUUACAGCAGGACGGCCAGAGCUGUGCAGAUAUAGAUGAGUGUUCCCAGGCCUACAGUCCCUGUGGCCAGCUGUGCCGUAACGUCCCGGGCUCCUACUCUUGUGCGUGUGUUCAAGGUCACCAGCUCUACAAUGGGACCAGUUGUCGAGUUAUAGAUGAUGCUGUUAAAAUUCUUAUAGCGGCAGAGAGAGAACUUGGGGUCCUGGAUCGGAGAACAGGCAUCUAUGAGCCUCUGGUUCCUGUAAACUCGAGGCCGACUUCUGUCGCCUAUGAUCUCGACAGAAGCAUGUACUUUUGGGCGGAUGAAGCCUUGCACGUGUUUGUCCUUGGGAAGCCAAACCCGGUUCCUCUCUAUCCAGAACUUCGGGCCGUGGACAGUAUCUCUUUGGACUGGCUCACGGGGCUGCUGUAUUGGGCUAGCAGCUUCGCAAGGGUCAUCGGUGCUGGCUUGAGUGAUGGCAGAGGCUACGUCAAAAUCUUGGAGAAGGAUCUGGUGCCAGAGCAGCUCAUCGUGUUUCCUCCGAAAAAAUCAUUGUAUUGGGUAAAUCGUGGUAAGAAAGGCAGGAGAACUCUCGAGGCUGCAGGGAUGGAUGGCUCAGAUCGGAAGGUGCUCGCAGCCGUCCACAUGGAGGAGCCUGUGGGACUGACGCUUGACCCUGUGGCCGGCCGCCUCUACUGGAUCAGCGAGUAUAAAGAGUCCAUAGAGACGGUCAACGUGGAUGGCAGUGGGAGGCACACAUUUCCUGAGAUCUUCUUGGAAGACGACAACCCAAUAGGACUAGCUAUAUUCGAGAACUCCUUCUUCUGGGCAAAUAAAAUACAUCUGUAUCAUACUUCACCCCACACCCCCAAGGAGAGAGCGGUGUUGCUCAAUGCUUCCAUGUCUGCUUUCUCCAUCCUCCACAAAUCCCAGCAGCCCAAGGGCAGACCCCCAGCAUGUGCUCCAGGCUCAUGCAGCCACCUCUGUCUCCUGUCCCCUGUCCAUCCCAAGGGCUAUAAGUGUGUUUGCCCGGAGGGAAUGUUCCUUUUGCCUUCCGGUACAUGUAGCGAGUUAAAGAUAGUAUUUUCGUCUGGCAAACGUCUCUACUUGUUGAAAGUUGGUUUUAUGGGAACUGCUAUAGAGAGAACCCUAGUUCAAGAGCAUUCGAGAAACAUCUAUUUACUGGAUAUUGACUGGAAAAGAAACCUCGUCUACUGGACAAAUGCCGGGGGACAGCUGUUCUGCUCAGCUGGCUAUUCAGGAGAAAAGCAAGAGAUUUGGACAGAGCACACAGUCUGCUCAGCAAAGGUGGACAUAUCCACGGGGAACUUGUACUGGCUGCCGUGUGACCGACGUGCUAUCCAGAAGACUGGACUCCCUGGCCCAGACACCCGGACCCUCUACACAACAGGCCGCAUUAUACUGCAUCUUUUUCUCGACUGGCCAGAGAGAGUGCUCUACUGGGUGGAGAGUGGGAAGCACUUGCAAAGUAUGACCCUCGAUGGCAAAACCAGACGGCAAGUCUGGACAGGCACCUGGACGGCAGACACCCACAUGACCUUGGACCUCGGCGCGUCUAGCAUCCUCUGGACGGCCAAAGGGUUAGGUUUGCAAAGUCUGAGUCUCCUAAAAAACAGAACAUACGCUUUGAACAAGACCUGGAGUGACGGCAUUCUUGCAGCUCACGAGCCCUACCUGGUGACCGUGCACAGGGGAGCCCUCCUGCUGUGGGACAGGAGGACCCUGGAGCCCUUCACCUUGUCCAAAGAGCCAUAUGUGAGGACCCUGAUCAUCCUGGCUGAGAACCAGCAGGUCCCAGAUCCUGAGCUUGAAGGGGUGGCCGCAGAUGGUCCUUCCGCGCUUCCUCUUGCACCCCCACUGCUCUGUACCCCGUCUUCUGUCCCCUGUCGGAACGGGGAGGAAUGCGUUUCUCGGGAGUACCUCUGCGAUGGCAAGCCGGACUGUCAGGACGGCUCGGACGAAGGGGACUGUGCCCGAUUCUGCAGCAGACCAGGGCUCUUCCGGUGUCUGAACGGAAACCAGUGCAUUGAGGAGACCUUCCGCUGUGAUGGGGCUCAGCAGUGCUCCGAUGGGUCUGACGAGCUGGGCUGCUGGAAGCCCGCUGAAGAUUGUUCUCUGCGUUGUGACAACGAGACUCGCUGUGUCCCCAAGAGCUGGCUGUGUGACGGCCACCCCGACUGUUCUGACAGGAGCGAUGAACAAGGAUGCGUUCAGGUAAAGUGCAGCGCCUUUGAAUUUCAGUGCGAGAACGGCCAAUGCAUCUCGCACUUUCUGCACUGCGACGGGAACCGAGACUGCCUGGACCACUCGGAUGAGGACGGCUGCUCUGUGGCCUGGCCGCUGCGGUGUCCGUCGGGGGAGGUGAAGUGCCGGGGCAGUGGAGAGUGUGUGCCCGUGGCGUGGCUCUGUGACCGUGACUUUGACUGUGAAGACGGGAUGGAUGAGAAGGACUGUGAACCCGAGAAGCUUCGCUGUGGCUCCAGGCAGUGGUCCUGUGCCGGCGGAGACCAAUGCGUGCCUGACGUGUGGCGCUGUGACGGGCAGAGAGAUUGUGAGGACGGCAGCGACGAGGCUGGGUGCCGCCCCGAGAAGUGCCCGAGCUCUGAGUUCCAGUGCCGCUCCCUCGGCUGCCUCGACCUCCGCCUGCUGUGUGACGGGAAGGAGGACUGUGCGGACGGCUCCGAUGAAGGUGGAAUGUGCCUGUCGUCAGCAUGCAGCGGGGCGCGGUGUUCCCACGCCUGCUACCGGUCCCCGCACGGGCCUGUAUGUGCUUGUGAGCAAGGCUUUGAGCUGGGCAGCAGUGGCCAGGUCUGCAAAGAUGUGGACGAGUGCCAGAAGCCAGGUGGUCAGCCUUGCAGUCAGACCUGUGUCAACACCCAGGGCUCCUACCGCUGCACCUGUCACCCUGGCUACUCACUGGAGCCCGAUGGCCACACCUGUAAGGCAGCAGGUACCGAACCCAUCCUGCUGGUGGCGAUUCAGUUCAACCUUCUCCUCUACGGCUUGAGGAGCUUGAAGGAGGACAUUCUGACGACUGUGGACAAGAAUGUGAUGAUCUUCUCCAUUGACUAUGACUUAGUGGGGCAGAAGGUCUUCUGGAUGGAUCCCGGUGCAGAAAGCAUUAAGUGGAUUAGUAUGGACACAAAGAGGAAAGGAACCGUGGUGAAGGGGAUGAAGUCAGAAUGUGUAGCGGUCGACUGGAUCGGGAGGAACCUCUACUGGGUGGACGGCGCGGCAGGCCAGAUUUCGGCCAUUCAGCUGACGGCUGUGUGGAGAGGAAGAUGCGAGCACACGAUUGUCCUGGGCGAUGACUUGGCUCAGCCACGGUCUUUGGCUUUAGAUCCGCUAAGUGGGUUAAUGUACUGGUCUGAAAUCGGAGGAGAACCUCAAAUAGAACAAGCAGGGAUGGACGGUAGCGGCAGGAAAGUCCUCAUCAGUCAAGGUCUCGGCUGGCCAACCAGCAUAGCUCUCGACCGGUUGAGCUGGAAGAUAUUCUGGUCUGAUGACCAAUUUCACUGUAUUGGCUCUGCUAAUCUGGAUGGUACCGGUGUUAGUAUGUUGCAGCUAACACAAAUCAGGAGCCCCUUUUCGGUCGCUGUGUUUGAAGAUGAAGUCUUCUGGUCUGACAUGAAGACGAGAACAGUACAGCGCGUGAAGAAGACAACAGGCAAGAGCAGGGCUGUUCUCAUCAAACGUUCCCAGCAGCCUCAUGGACUCAAGAUAAUGCACGAAGUACUCCAGCCCAAGGCUCCUAAUCCCUGUCUGGACGCCCGCUGUUCUCACUUGUGCCUUCUGAGCCCGCGAUCCAAGGCAAGCUGUCGUUGUCCAGUUGGCCUCCUGCUUGCGGACGACGGCACCAGCUGCGUUCCACUCGAGGAUUCUGCAUUUCUGUUCCUCGCGUUGCCCACAGCUAUCAUGCAGAUUUAUCUGAAAAAUCUAGAAGCUUUACUAGGACAACCAACUUUACCAGAACAUAGGAUACUUCCCUUUACCAAUGCGAACCAGCUUGCAUCCGUGGAUUACAUAGUCCAGGAAAAGGCUCUCUACCUUUCAGAGUUGGAUAAUGGUGAUAUCAGGCUACUGAGGCUCAAAGAAUCUGGAAAACUCUCUUGGAGGAAAAUCCUAACUGUGGAGGGAACAGUGACUGACCUUGCUGUGGACUGGUUGAGUGGAAACAUAUACUGGAUCGACAGUGAGAAUCCUCACAUCAACGUGGCUUCCUCAGAAGGCCAGUACGCCACCGCGCUGGUCCGUGGAAAUCUCUACCGGCCCGUCUCGGUUGUGCUCCAGCCGCCCUCUGCAGUCAUGUGCUUUGCGGACCUGGGUGCCCAGGACAACGGCAGGCGCGGGUCCAGCAUUGAAUGUGCCUCCAUGGACGGCCGCAGGAGGAAGGUGCUGUGGCAGAAAUCCCAGGUCCCUGCGGGCCUGACCUUCUCGGAUUCGGGAACCCGAGUUUACUGGGCUGAUACUGGGCGAGGCCUCAUAGAGAGUAUUCAACAAGAUGGCUCUGGGUACAGAGUAGACCGCAGAGGCAUUGAGGGCCUCACCCUCUUUACCAUUGGCCAAGGCGUGAUGUUCUGGGUGACAACUGAUGAUGCACAAAUCACUAAAGUUUGGUACGGCAAGGCAGAACUUUCAGAAGACCAGUGGUUCCAAAUAGACCAGAAGAUUGUGGAUUUAAAAGUUUACAGUAAACUUAGUCAACAGGGUAGUAACAGCUGCUCCAAAGACAACGGAGGGUGCAGCCAUAUGUGUCUACCAAACCCUGAAGGAGCGACUUGUAAAUGCCCCAGUGGGCACUUCUUGGCUAACGAAAGCAAAUGUGUUGAAGCUGUCCCGUGCUCUGAGCCGUCCCAGGCCUGUGAGGAUGGUCAGGAGUGCAUUUCCCCGGAGCAAGUUUGUGAUGGUCGUGCUGACUGUCUGGAUGGAUCUGAUGAGAUGCGCUGUACGUAUCCAGAUAAAACCCAUUCAACACCAACAUCUAAAAAUGCAGAGGCUGGAAAAAGGUUGACUCCAGAAGCUUCCCUACCUUUCCAAGCUCCCAAGUCCACCAAGGCUAGAUAUCCAGGUCCAGAGAGGAUGAGUUAUCCUGUCAGAAAAACACUAAUCCCUCCAGUUUCUGCUAGAGAAAGCAAGAACUCAGAAACCAAGGAAAAAGGCAAACUUGUCCAGCCCAAGAACUUUCAGAGAGCAAAACAUUGGCCCUGUAGCACAGAUUUCUGUAGCGGAAGGGGAAUCUGUACAAUGGUAGGCCCGCUGAGAAAGUGCCGCUGUCCGGUGGAAUAUGGCGGAGAGUUCUGUGAAGAGCCAGCACGUGGACCUGCCCCUGGCUACGUCACCCUCAGCUUAACCAUUGUCUUAGCAGUUGCACUAGUCGCUCUGGGAGCACUUGUCUGUCUCAGAAGAGAACACAAAUUUAAAAGAAAUAGUGCAGCAGCAUCAAGAAAUUCAACCCGCCAUAAAGACAAUGCCCAAGAAGAGGAGAAUCUAAUGAACAGUGAGACUUUUGUCAACGAGGCCUACGAUGAGCAGGAACUGUUAACUUUACAAAGUGACUAACCUGCUGAAAAAGGAGCUGAAACAUCUCCCUAAAAAUUGUUUAGACACUGCACUUGUGUACUGUUUUAACAUCUAUAAGUAACGAACUGUAACUAUGUGCGAAAAUGGUAACUUAUUAACAUAACUGCUUUUUAAAUUGGAGGAUUGGUUUUGUUGGCGGAGGUUGGGGGACUGCAGAGUCACAGGCCAGGUCGGAUUUCUGCACAAGCUCCAUGUGGUUUAGGUGAGGGCUCGUCUGCAGAGACUGUCUGAUCCCCAGCGGGACUGGCCCAGUGCUGGUCAGAGGUUCUGGAUUUGAAUCUUAGUCCCAUCACUAACUUUGAUGGGUACUUAAUUGCUCCGAACUGGCUUUUUCAUCUUACAGAAGGGAAGGAUCUCUUAAAUCUUUACCUCCCAGGUAAAGGUCAAGUUUCUGCAGUGUAGCAAGUGUUCAAGUAUUAGUUCUUUAUCAGUCCCUCUCAGAUGUUUUACUACAAAGUUAGUACGCGCUUUUGUUGAAAAUUUAUAAAAGAUGUUGUUUAAUGCUCUCAUUUGAUUCUAAAACUAAGUACAGUGGACCCUUGAGCAACACAGGUUUGAACUGCACCGACCCACUUACGUGCAGGUGGUUUCCAUCAGUACGUAUACCGUGAAUGCAUUUUCUCAUGAUUUUCUUAGUAAUAUUUUCUUUUCUCUAGCUUUAUUGUCAGAAUACAGCAUAUAAUACAUAUAAUAUACAAAAUAUGUGUUAACCGACUGUUAUGGGUAAGGCUUCUCGUCAACAGUAGUUUUGGGGGAGUCAAGGCGUGUGUGGAUUUUGUACUGCAGUGGGUGGGUGUCCCAACCCCUGUCUGCUCCAGGAUCAGCUGUGCAGGUGGAUUUACUCUACUGAUGUAGAAAUUCAGACAGUGAUUUGUCUAAGGCUUGAAGUAAAGUAGGUAGACACUGGGGGCCUCAACAUAGCGUUACCGGUGUGGACUGGGACUCAUCUUGAUGAGCUUAGCCUGCUGGGAAACUCACAGAUGCUACUUAGAUCCCGGACUCCCUUUGGCCUUCCAGAUGGUAUCUUCCUUUGCACUCUUACGUAAGGAAUCAAGGGCACUGAAUCUGUGAUGGGAGAUGGGUAACAGGAGCAUUGUCAACAUUCAGUGGCAACCUUGGGCUGAUCACUUAAUCAUGAAACUGUUUCUCCAAUGAUAACAAGAGGGUUAAGAGAACCUACAUCAGCCAAUGAAUCAUCACAUGAAGAUAUAAAAAUAUGUGCACUGCUUAGUGCGUAGUACCAGAGGCUGAGAACCCAAGUCCAAAUGAUAGUCAUGACUUGUCUUGGAAGUCUUUCCUUGCUUGGCUGUUUGUCUAGGCUAUUUAUAAAGUUCGUUUCUUGUAGCAUGCGUUUGUGUAGGCUUCAGGGCGUAAGAGCGGUCCUAAGCUUAUAGCUGUGGGUAUGGAAUAUAAAAUUGACUGUGCUUUGCAGUCAAGUAUAAAAAUUUCCAAGUACAGAUCAACUUGACAGGAAAAACAAAAGCUGGGGGUUCCAUCCUUCCCGAGGCUGGGAGACACCCGCAGCAGCAUUCAGUUUCCUGGGGGCGCUUAGCUGUACUUGAGAGAAACCAUUUCCGCACUGAAGCGCACGAGACCCCCUUGCCACAGAGUGAUUCUUCGGUUUCUCUUGCCACCGCUUCCAAGAACCGUCUCCCUGCCAAGUUGGCCCUUGGCAAGGCUCUGCCUCCAUCUGUGGAAAAGUGAGUAAAAAACGCUGGAAAACGUGCAUGAAUGACAUGCAGCGGCAUUAUCACUUUGUCUGGACACACUUUAGCUGUCGCCCUCACCUCCUGCAGACCCUAAGCGUCCAGCAGACUUCCAAGACUAGAGUUCUAGCCAGCUCCCUUGACCUUGGACUUCCACAGGCUGUGCCUUCAACUCCACAGGCCCCGCCUUCUAUUCCACAAGCUCCGCCUCCUGUCUAGACCCCAACCGCUCCACCAUUUCCUUUUCCAGGUGAAAGGGUGGCUGACAGCAGCCCAGUCUGUGUGUCACGCAGGUAACCCUUACCUCUACCUCCUGCCCGGGCUUAGUCAUGUCUUCUCCUGUCUGGUCUCCUAUGAACCGUGCCUAAGUAGUAUCCCGCUUGAAUGCAGUUUAGUGCAUCGUUAUGCAUCCUCAGUUCAAGAAUUUACAGGACACUCUGAACUCCUUCACUGACAGACUAAGUAUAAAUGUUAAGUACCUAUUCAUAGGAUUAACAAUCCCUAACCACUGCUAUGCCCAACACUGGCUUUCAUAUGUCAGUUACCUAAACUUAGCUGUUUGGAGCAAAGGCAUAUUAACUGUAAGAACCUUCUUUUGUGAUGAUCUCAGUAUUAGGUGUUAAUUUCUUAAUUUCUCUCCACCUAAAUAGAUGAAGUAGUAAACUCCAUAGCAGAUGUGAAAUUUAAAUUUCCUUUUUUUUUUU